CCAACUCUAUUACUACGAUAUCACUAGACGCCUCGUCGCCUCCACUGCCACCUUCGCAAGCCUCCACCACCACGCCCCAAGCUCCGCUCCGCUCGUCACCGUCGUGAAGAACCCUCCCCAGGUGCCUAUUCCGGUUGGGAAAUCACUGUUCUGAAAAAGGGUUUUGCAACUUGGUUCAAAAGUUGAGAAGAAGCACUGAUACCUAUCAGUGCAACCACAAUGGGAGGGUCGCGAGUUCAAGUCAACAAGGCUCACAAGACCCGCUUCGCUUCUAAAUCUUCUCGCAAUCUUCAUAAAACCGCUGGCAAAGAUAGAAUUGCAAAAUCAGAGCACAAUGUUGGCAAAGGAGCUCGUGCGGCUAGAAUUCAGAGAAGUAAAAUGAUACGCGAGCAAAAACGAGCUGCUGUUUUGAAAGAAAAAAGAGAGCUCAGUGGGUCGAGAAGUCCGCCUCGAGUUAUAGUUCUCUUUGCUCUUGCUGCUUCAGUGGAUAUAGAUUCAGUUGCAGAUGAUCUCUUGUCAUUAUUAUCUAAAGAUUCUUCUGUAGCGCUGCCGGGAACAGUCGUGUCCUCUGAAUAUAGGACACGAAUAACGUUACUAAAAGCCCCUCAUGGUGAUCUACAAUCAUGCAUGGAGAUGGCUAAGGUUGCUGAUCUAGUGGCUUUUGUGGCCUCAGCAAGGUCUUCGUGUGAAGAAACUGAUUCUUGCUACUUCGAUUCCUUUGGAAAUCAAUGCCUUUCUGUAUUUAGGUCUCUUGGUUUACCAAGCACUGUUGUCUUUAUUCGUGAUCUACCCACUGAGCUCAAACAAAGAAAUGAACUAAAGAAGAUGUGCACUUCUAGUCUUGCCUCUGAGUUUCCUGAGGAUUGCAAAUUUUAUCCAGCUGAUACCAAGGAUGAAUUACACAAGUUCUUGUGGCUCUUUAAAGAGCAAAGGCUUAAAGUUCCUCAUUGGAGAACUCAACGAUCUUACCUUAUGGCUCAAAAGGUCGAUGUAGUGUAUGAUGGCCAUUCUGAAAAAUCCACCCUCCUUCUCACUGGUUACCUUCGUGCUCGUAGCCUCUGCGUGAACCAACUGGUUCAUGUUUCAGGUGCAGGAGAUUUUCAAUUGUGUAAAAUUGAAGUUCUUAAGGAUCCCAUUCCUUUGAAUUCAAGAAAAAAUCAGGACUUGAUGGAUUCAGAUGAAAUGCAUGAUGUGGAGGUCACAGGCUCCCUGUUUCCAGAUCCUCAAAACCAGGAAGCUUUAGUUGUCGAGAAUAUACCUGAUCCUCUUGCGGGAGAGCAGACAUGGCCAACAGAAGCUGAAAUUACCAAGGCUGAUGAAGAUCGAAACCAAAAGAAGAUAAGAAAGAGAAAACUUCCUCAAGGCACUUCAGAAUAUCAGGCUGCAUGGAUUGUCGAUGAUUCUGAUGAGGACUCAGAUCUUGACAAUGAUGAUGACGAUGGUAUGGUGAUGGAUGAAAGCGAAGAUGGGUUUCCAGGUCAAGAGGGAAAUAAGUAUUCAGAAUUUGAUGGUGAUGGAGCUUCACUAAGAUUUGGAGAUUCUGACGAAGAAACUGACAAUGAUUCAGUUAUGAUGGAAGUAGAUAUCUUGACUAGAGAGAAGAUACAGGAUGAACUUAAGGAAAUUAAAGAAGCGCAUGCUGCCGACGAGGAAUUUCCUGAUGAAGUGGAUACACCAUUGGAUGUCCCUGCUAGGAAGCGGUUUGCAAAAUAUAGGGGACUAAAGUCCUUUAGGACGUCUUCAUGGGAUCCUAAAGAAUCUCUACCACAAGAUUAUGCCAAAAUUUUUGAGUUUGACAAUUUUAAAAGAACACAAAAACAUGUUCUCGCUAAAGCUUUAGAAUGGGAGCAAGAAAACAGGGAGGACUGCAUUCCUGUUGGCUCAUAUGCUAGGCUGCAUAUCAAGGAAGUGCCCAGUGCUGUUGCUUCAAAGUUAUGUAUGCUUGCAAAGACAAGCCCGGUUAUAGCAUGUGGCCUGUUGAAGCAUGAGUCCAAAAUAUCCGUCCUUCAUUUCAGCGUGAAAAAACAUGAAACAUAUGAUGCACCCAUCAAAUCCAAGGAAGAGUUAAUAUUUCAUGUUGGAUUUCGGCAAUUUGUUGGCAGGCCAACUUUUUCUAGUGAAUUCAUAAAUACAGACAAGAACAAGAUGGAGAGGUUUCUCCAUGCUGGGCACUUCUCAGUUGCUUCAAUUUAUGCACCAAUUUCAUUUCCUCCUCUUCCUACGAUAAUCCUAAAAAGAGAUGGAGAGGAUGCUGCACCCAGAGUGGCUGCUGUUGGCUCACUGAAAACCGUUGACUCAGAUAGGAUAAUCCUUAAGCGAGUUAUUUUGACAGGUUACCCCCAACGAGUAUCAAAACGUAAGGCUUCGGUGAAGUACAUGUUUUAUAAUCCUGAGGAUGUUAAAUGGUUUAAGCCUGUAGAGCUUUAUACCAAACGUGGUCUUCGUGGCCGGAUUAAGGAACCUGUUGGUACACAUGGAGCAAUGAAAUGCCUUCUGAACGGCGUUCUUGAACAGCGUGAUACUGUGUGUAUGAAUUUAUUCAAACGUGCAUACCCGAAGUGGCCAAACUAUCAUUUUCCUUUAAAUUAGAGCUCUGAUGGGAUGGCAGUUGAAUUCUCUUGGUCAAGUAAUUCAGGAGAAUGCCAAUUGUAUAUUGAUCGGGAAUGAAGCUCUGGUUCAGAUUGACUUCCUUUUAUGGAAGAUGCAGUUUAUAUAUAGUUUAUAACCUUAUUUUUAAGGGGGGGAAGAUUUUGAUGGCCAGGUCCCCCCCUGCUCAUGUGCAAUAUGGGAGAAGUUAACAGUAUAUCAGAGUUUCUUAUUAAUUUUUUUUUGGGUAUUUGCAUGGAAAACUAGAGGUCUGUAGUAAGGUAUGAACGAUAUCUUAGCUGAAAGCUUAUUUAAAUUCAGGUAACUUAUGUAGUAGGGUGUAUGGAAGCACCUUGUGUUGGUACUGAUUGGGGGUCAAGCUGCCAAAUGCAUCCAGUUGAAUGAGUUUUUUUUUUUUUUGAUAAACCCCUGUUGAAAUUUUCUGUGAUAAAAUUUUAUAUUUAUCAAUAGAAAUUAUGAGUUUAAUGGA